CUUCAGUUUGUUGGUUUGUGUUUGAAUUGUUUUGAGAUUUUAGCUGCAGCACGUCCGUUUUUCGCUUCUUCUGAGUUGUAUGAGCUUGGAGGAGUGAUUUGAGUUGGCAACAUAACUCCUCAAAUCAGUUUUUGCCUCCUUUCCCGUUCGGUCUUGAGCUUGCAUCGUUUUGCUAAUCCUUGCGUCAUCUGAUCUGAGGUUGUUGUGCUGGAGGAAUACGCUCCUCUUUGCGUGAGUGCCGUGCUGCUCUGAUGCUGAAAAACUCUUUUGACACCUGUGAUUGGCUGUCUCUCUCGAGCAGCAGCGACAUCAACAGCGGGGCGACGCCGCCCCCCACGCACAGCUCCGUUAGGGUGGACCACCGCCGGGGCGUGUCCACCAACAGCCUGUUCAUAUACGAUGACUCUGAGGACGACGACGACGAGGUGGGCUAUGCUGACCCCGUCCAAGAUGAUCUCUACGCACGCAAGAUGGGCAUCAAACCCCAGCCUGCCGGCAAUGAAUCUCAUGACAAGUUCUUACCAAAGUUCUGGACCCCCGAGGAAGAUAUUCACAUACAGAGGAUCAAACUGGGCUCUCAGAGGAGACCCUGGUACAAGAAGAUGCAAGGCUUCAGCCACCAGAAGUCGGGCUCUUCGUCAGACGACUCAGACUGUGAGAUCAGCCCUUGGCUCUCCUCUGCCCCCUCCCCCUCUGGCACCUCCCCCUCUCACUCCCACACACACGAGGCCUCGGCUCACACCACCCUCGUUGUGGGGAAAAGUCCUCAUACCCAAGCACACACUCCCCCACUGCUCCCCAAGAUACAGUCCCCUCUAUUAGAGGCCCCCCCUCUGGUGUUCGCCCCGGUGGACCCCGCCUCGGGUCCCAGAUUGGUGAAAUGUGAGAGGUGGCCCCUCCGGGGACGCCAAGACCCCCGAGAGCCCCCGGACCCCAUUGACUAUGAGAGCAUUUUCCCAGACUUGGAGAAUGAUGACAUGUUUGCCAGGCGAACCCUGGCCUUCCAGUCCAACACAGACUUGGCAAUGAUGAAGACUCAGCUGCCCACUAGCCGUCGUCUCUACACGUCUGAGCCGCAGCUCAACAUCGUCACCCAGCGACACGGCCACGGCAGCACCGAGGAGUUCCCUGACAUCGAGCAGGACGAUGUGGUUUAUCGUAAGGAGAAAACCCAGCAGGCUCAGCAACAACGGCCCCUCUCAGGAGCCCCUGACAACUAUGCCCCUAUGCCCAUCCCAGAACCAUGGGCUCUGCCUCCUGAUCUGAAGGCCCGACUCCUGUGCCCCCCUUGUCCCCUGACCCAGGGGGCAGCAGCAAAUCAACGGAAUCAGGUCGAUGAGGGAAUGCGUCCUAAAACCGACGACAUGCUUGUCAGGAAACUUGGAGUUUGUUCUCAGGAGAGCCAGAGCUCACUGAGAGGCCCCUCAGCCAAUCAGAUGACGCCCUCAGUGCCCUCUUCCUGCAGCGAAGGUGACCUGCAGAGAUGGCAGGCUAUCAGGGAAGCUAGUCAACUGAGGUAUAAAAAGAGGCUCAUGGUGGAGAGGCUGGUUGCCCUGAAGCUGUAAAAGCAGAUUGCUGUAACAGUGCCUGUUAUUUUCUCCUUACUUUGUGGACCUUUUCUGCCACCUUCUGUGCUUUUAUUGUUUCUGUGAAAACUCAUAAGUGCCAUUUCAGUCUUGAAAUAUUUUCUGUGCGACGGUGAAGUGGCCUUGACUGCUUGUCGAUCCAACUUGUAAAUGACUGGUGGAAAGAUCACAGAUGGGUGUUGUAUUCAAUUCAGCUCUUCUUUAUGAAAACUAAUAGUAGGUGCCUUCAACACUCACAGAGCUUUUUCUUGUUUUAAAUGUUUCCUUUAAUGUUACCGCCUGUUACCUUUUCCAGGAAGAUGAAUAACUGUAAUGAAAGGCCCCAUGACAUUAAAGGGCCAUUGGUUAUGGCUUCCUGCAUGGUGGCAAUAUUUUUAAUUUUACACAUGAAUGCUGAGUGGAUGGCCAGAGUGUAAACUGAAUCUCCUGCUGCUGUGUUUUUGAAGUGUGGUUUCUGAACAUCAUGAGCACUGUUAAACAGACCCAAAGCCUUCAUUUUAUCUUUGGUUUUGUUUACCUAUUAGACAGAUGUUUGCCUGUGAAUGGAAAAGCUAAAUAAAGGAAAUAAGAGACCUUGUGAUGGGAUGCGUUGCACCGGCCAUUUGUUGACCUCACCUUACACCUGCAGUAACAUGGAUCUGACCACACUACAAUGUUGUUUUCCUCAGCAGAGGGAACUUCACACUGACAUGCAAAGCUGAAAGUGCAGCAGCAUGAGAGCGCGGAAAGGUUCCAGCUUGAGUCACAUCCAAACAUCCUGAACGCACUGACAGAGCCGAGCAGGGCUAUUAAAUGCGCCUGUCGAGCCGACAUGAAAGCCUAUAGAAAUUCCCCACAGCUCUGAAAGAAGAUGCGACUUGCGGACUCCAUAGUAACCUGAACACAAAUCUGCACUGCAGUGUUUGCACGUGAAUCGACACACGCACACACAAGCACGCACAAAGCAACCAUUUAACCUGGGUCAAGGCCAUCUGGAUUUACUUCACUUCCAUAUGUAAAGCCAUGUUUCCAGUGACAUCAUGCGGCAGUCUUCAUAAAGGCAGCAUUGUUUAGAGAAAGAUGCGUGUCUACACACCUCCCCCAGCCAAAUGUCAGUAAAAAGGAGAGGUGAUACUGUGCUGCAAGCCUACUUUAUACAUACCUUAAACUCUCAUCUCUUCAGUGUAUUAAGUGAAAACCAGCAGAGUCAUGUUUUAGCUGGGGUUACACACAUUUGAAGCCCAUCAGCUGGGGAAGAGCUGGUGUCAGAGUCCCUAAUUGGCCUCAAGCGCAGACUCACUGUCAAAGACCCUCCUGCAGGAAUGUGACUUUGUUGUCUGUGGUUCUCUCUGGU